AUGUCAGAAUUUAUUGAGGGUUCUAUUACUCCACCUGUUGAAGCUGUUGAACUAAAGAAGUUCAAAUAUCAGAAAUCGUUGGAAUUUGAUUAUUACCAGGGGUUUCAGGCUGCUUGUGCGGUGGAUGCUGCUAAUUGGUUAAAAAGGAUAGAGAGAGCGUGUGAGGCCUAUGGUAUUGUUCAACAGGAGGAAAGUAGGAGGAGUGCUAUAGUGCAUACUCCUACUUCUGAUUGUUUUGCUUUGGUUGCCAUUCCUCCGGGUCAGUUUGGUUCUAAUGCUGGGUUUGUUCCACAGAGUGGUAAGUCACAGCUUGGUGCUAGUAGUGGGCCUAUUGAUCGUGAGUCACUCCAGUGUGAUCAUUGCCACAACACUGGCCAUACCAAGGAUUUCUGUUGGAAGUUACAUGGCCAUCCCUUUCGCGGGCGAGGGGGUGGACACGGUGGUCGCGGUCGUGGUUUCAUGCGUUCUCAAGCCCAGGCUCAUUUUUCAGAAUCCACAAUUGCUACCUUGCCUGAUUCUGGGUUCAAUACUGGAGGUCAGGCGCCUUCUGAUCAUGUUAGUGGAUUUUCUCAGGGGGAGAUGCAAGCUCUCAGGCGCCUCAUGGCUUGGGCUGAUUCUCCAUCUACUAUAGCUCCCACCUCCACAACAGGUUCCACGUCAUCCUAUUUUGCCCACACAGGAACUGGACACGGGCAAAGUGAUUGGCAAUGGUAAAACACAUGAUGGCAUUUAUUUUUUAGAGUCUGCACCUCGUCCACCCAUGUCAUGUGGUUUUGCUCUACAAGCAGAUACGAGUUCAGCUCUCUCUAUGUUACAUUAGUGGCACCGUCGAUUGGGUCAUCCCUCUUUUGGGAUUUUAGAAAAACUUUUUCCUACUUUAAUUAAGCUUUGUUCUAGGAGUCAAUUUUUUUGUGAAGCCUGUGAGCUUGGAAAACAUAAACAUUCUUUUUAUGCACCUAUUAAUAAACGGAGUGACUUCCCUUUUAUGGUUA